CUCCUUCCUGCCCCCAUCUGGACUCUGUGCAGGGUUUGGCCAAGCCAGUGAACAUCACGGUGUUGGAAGGACGGGAUCUGAAAGGCGUCAAGGGGGACACCCCAGUGACCUUUGUGCGGGCGGAGUACAACUCCCUCAUCCUUGGGGACUCCUCCAAAGUGGACGUCUCCUCGGACGGAAGCGUGAAAUACAAUUUCUUCACCUCCUUCGAUGUCCACCCGGAAGGGCCGCAUCUGCUGGAUGAUCUUGCGCACAAGCCAUUGUUACUCACCGUGAUCGAAGUCUUGCCGAAGGAGAAGAAGCAGAAGGACGAAAAGACAGUCACCCUGGGCCAAGCUGUGCUGGACCUCCUCCCUUUGCUGCAAGGAUUGCGGGAUUUUAAAACAACACUUCCACUCUACCCUGUGCCUGGCUCUCCCCUGGAGUCUCUCCGGCCAGAUGCCAAGUGUGUCAUCACCGUGUUGGUGACCGUCCAGGAGAGUCUUCUCUCUCCGUACCAGCUGUCGGAAGGCAACCUCCUACGGGUCACAGUAGAAGGCGCUUACUCGGUUCCGGAAGUGUUUGUCCCCACUGGACCCCAGCAAAACUACAUGGUCGGCUUCCAAGUGCCAGCAGUGGGAGAGAAAGAAUGCCCCUUCGUCUUCAAGAAUGGGGCCCUGAAGAUUGGCGGCGAGCGAGAGCCCUCGCCCCGGCCCAAGAAGUGGCCGGUCAGCUACAUCUUAGCCACGGGGGCUCAGAACAUUCCCGACUGCUUUGUUACCGGCGGCAAUUACGAGGAGGAAGACGGAGAGCUGACUGCCCUGGAGGAUAGAGAGACCAGGAUUCAGGGAGAAACUGUCAAGAAAAGGAUCAUGUGGGACUUGGAGAGGCGCUGUUACCUAGAUCCCGGAGCUGUGAUAUGCUUUCGGAAACGGAUUGCAGAUUGCCGGUACUGGCCUGUGGAGGUAGCUAGAAUGCCUGCAGUCACCUCCACCAAAGGAAAAGCUGGCAAAAUGGAGAAGGGAGGUGGUGGAAGCGGCGGUGGCGGUGGCGGAGGAGAGGACGAGACCAUUUCUUUCCACGGGGUGGCUUAUGUCAACAUGGUGCCCUUGCUGUACCCGGGGGUGACGAGCAUACGGGGCGCGUUCCGGGUCGUGCCCUACCAUGAUAGUGAUGUGUAUGAAAGGACAAAGUGCAGCGCCAGCCUCUUCCGCGAAGGCCACCACUUGGCAAGCAACAGGUUUGGGACCGCUGGAUUGCAUGCCAAAGGCGCAGUGAAGAACAUGAAGGAGGAGAAGCCGGGUCGGGAGAACGUCGUGAGAAAGCUGUCCAACAUUGUGAAAGUGCAAGGGUCUGAGAUCGCGGUCGAAGCCGCCACGUCGCUGUGUCUGAACGUGGAAGGGCAGCAUUACGUGGAUUCCGGGACAUUCCUGGUGCUGGAGUUUGCUCUGCACAAAGCCUUGGUGCCUAAGCGUUUGCCAGAGGAACUUUCCUGCCGGGUGAAGGAGAUGAUCCCGCCACGCCCUCAGCUGCCUCGAAAGACCACUGGAGCAAAGAAGGCCGUGGAAGAUUACCACUCCCAGGUAAUCAGCAUUGCUGAGACCAUCCUGGAGGAGUACCACGAGCACUUUGGGAGGCAGCUGUCCGAAGGCCUCGUGGUCGACAACGAGAACCUGGAGGACCAGAAAUGCCAGCUCAACUACGAGCUCAACAGCUCCGGGAAAUAUUUCGCUUUCAAGGAGCAACUCAAGCACGCCGUGGUGAAGAUCGUGAGAGAGAAGUACUUAAAGACGACCGCCUUCGAGAACCUGGACCAGCUGCAGGCCUUCCUGAGCGAGCUGUACGUGUACCUGGUCGACCAGAUGCACGUGGCACUGAAUCAGGUCUUGACCCAGCAGCGCCCCAGCCCACCUCCUCCCACCUACAACACCUCCGAGCACCUCCGGCUGUUUGCUCGCGAAGCCCAGACCAACGGGGACUACACCUUGGCCUCGACUUACUACCAGGAGAGACUGGCCCGUAACCGGCAGGAUAUCCAGAGCUGGCUCGACUAUGGAGCUUUCUGCCUGCUGACGGAGGACAACCUCAAAGCCCAGGAGUGCUUCCGGGAAGCCGUGGCCCUGAAUCAUAACCACUUGCCCAGCCUGCUGAUGUGCGGCAUCAUGGCAGUGAUGAUGCAAAAUUACGAAGAAGCGGAAGUCUUCUUUGAGGAUGCCACCUGCCUGGAGCCCGACAGUGUCGUGGCUUGGACAAUUUUAGGCCUGUUCUACGACAUCCAGGAGAACGACAUCCGCGUGGAGAUGGCGUUCCGGAAAGCCACCAAACUCCUGAAGGCUCGACUGGCCAAGGAGAAGCCCUCAUUAGAAGGCGCCGAAGGUGGAGGACGGCAACCCCCCUCCCCCGCCACCUUCCCCCCAAUGCAGUCUGCCGCCUUUUCCAAGGAAGAGCUGGUUUCCGAAGAGGCUCCGGAUGUCCCCUCGAGAUUCCGAUCGGACUCCGCGGAGCCGGCCGUCACCAUCCGCCUGCCGGAAGAGAAGGAGCCCACGCCCAAGCCGUCCAGGCGGCUUUCCAUCUCUGCCACCAGCAAGAUCAAGGUGCCUUCUGUGAAAGAACCCGUCAAGAUGCCGGAGGCCGGCCCGCCCCCUCCAGUCCCAGCCGUUAUCUCCAUCUUCAGGGAGACGAUCCGCUUCUUGAUGGAUGUCAAUGCCCUCCAUUUUGUCCGCAGGGCGUUGGCGCACGAGCUGGUCAGCCCGCAAGGCGGCCCCAGCUGCGAAUAUUACCUGGCGCUGUCCCAGACCUACCUGCUGAAGCAGGAGUACGACAAGGUGAAGGAGUGCCUCGAACAGGCGAUCCAGAUCGACUACUUGAAUCCAGAUGUCUGGGCCCAGAAAGGGCACCUCUGCUACCUGACCAAGGACUUCGGGGAAGCCAAGGAAUGCUAUGAACGAACCAUCAGUUUCGUCAAUGACGCGUCCGACAUGCAUUUUGUGUACCUGCGCCUGGGAAACAUCUAUCUUGAGAGGAAGGAGUGCGACAAAGCCAAGAAUAUCUUCCUGCUGGCGAGUAAGAAAUCGCCAACCUGCCUGACCUGGCUCGGAGUGGGAAUCGCCUGCUACAGGCUCCAAGAGAUGGUGGAAGCCGAGGACGCCCUCUCCGAGGCCAACGCCUUGAACAACAACAACGCCGAAGUCUGGGCCUACCUGGCUCUUGUCUGCAUGAUGGGCGGAAGGCAGCUGGAGGCAGAACAGUCCUACAAAUACGCCAUCAAGCUGGGCUUGACCAACCAGGAUCUUCUUCAGGAGCUCCGAGAGGUGCAAUCGGAGGUGGGCUUCGGCGAUCCAUCUUUCUGAGCACUCCUGAUUUACAGAUGCUUCAGCCGUUCGAGCAGGGGAUGGCUUGGCGCUCGGGCACAUUGCGGGAAGAAAAUCCGCCGCACGGUGCAGCUCUUUGCCAUUCUGCAGCCCCGGUCCACAACACUGUCGUGUCGUUGACCCUGCUCACUUCCCAAACUCAUCGUGGGACUUCCAGAAUCCUUAGAUCCUAAAGUCAGCCAUCUUUCCGCACUAGGGCACUCCUAUCUUUUGUCUUAGCAUAACUCCACGCUCAUGGCAAAUACCAUCACGGUGCAGGGAGCAAGCCACACCCCUGCAGACCUUUGGCAAGGAACCACAAGGCAUCGGGAUGUAUCCUGUAACCCCAAUUUUAGAUUGCGUUAAUUAAGUCCAUUCAAGUGCUUCAAGCCUAGCUGUUAUAUGUUGCAAAGGGGGUGGGUGGAAUGAGGAAGAACGUCGUUUACCACAAGACCGGCAACAGGGGUGACAGGGUGGAGGGUUUUAUUUCGUGGUGCUCUGCAUUCAACUGCAUACGCAGCUCUGUCUCUGUUCAGAGGCUCCCGCGAUAAAGAAGAGCUUCGAAAACGGUUCCAAAAUGACUAACAGGGAGUCAGGUCUGAUGUGAUGCUUUGAACCGCGUCUUGUGGAAGUACAUCCAAGCAUACGGUAACUUUCAGACGACUGGGAAAAGCCCCCGUAAGCUGAGAUCAAUUCCAGGAGAGUGGAGCAACUGACAUCGGCGAUCGUUUCCAGCAAGAACCCCGAUAACUGUAUUCAGACCGAGGCUUUAAUGUCACGUGUUGUUUUUAGCUUGUGAGUGGCCUCAGAUACUUAAGCCAGAAGGGAAGGUAUACAGUUUGAGGAGAAUAUUUUAAAAUUUUAAUUAAAGAAAAACACCC